CAACGUACACUACGCAGCAAACGAUUAUUCACAAAUUUAUUAUUCUGAGAGAGAAAUUGCAGGAGCAAAACCUAGUUCGUUCUAAUGGCGGAAGAAGUAGAAGUUAAGUGGAAGAGAGGGAGAACCUUGGGGAAAGGAGGGUUUGGCUUUGUUUCUUUAGCUUCCAUUGAUAAUACUACUGAUUACGCUGGUACUGUUCAUCAUCGUCGAAUUCCAUCACUAAUUGCUGUAAAAUCUUGCAUGUUGAGUCGAUCACAGUCACUUCAAGAUGAAAGGGAAUUCCUUCGGUUGUUUGAAAACUCUCCUUAUGUUAUUCCGUGUUUUGGUGUUAAAGUCACGUUAGAAGACGGUGUACUCCUCUACAACUUAUUGUUAGAAUAUGCUUCCGGUGGAAGUUUGGCUGAUCGGUUGAAUUGUUCAGGUAAAGGAAUGCCAGAGAUGGAAGUUAAAAAACACACCAAAAACGUCGUUUUAGGGCUCAGUCGCAUUCACGGCGCGGGAAUCGUUCACUGUGAUAUAAAGCCUCACAACGUCCUACUUGUUACUCCUACUGAUGAUACAACAGAGAUUGCCAAGAUCGCUGAUUUCGGGCUCGCUAUAACUUUGGAACAGAGCCGGACGCAAAAGCAGGGAUUGAGAGGAACUAAAAGGUAUAUGGCACCUGAAUCCGUGCUUAAGCAGGAAUACGGUCCAGAGGCGGAUAUCUGGGCUCUUGGUUGUACUGUGUACGAGUUGAUCACUGGGAAACCCCUCUGGGAAUUAUCCAAUUCUGAUGCUAAGACUGAUGAUGUGUUACGCCGGAUUGGGUCUGAGGAACCAAAUUUUGAGAAUGCAAAACUGUCAGCAGAGGCAAAAGAUUUUGUGAGAAGUUGUCUGGUCAAGAAUCCGAGCUCGCGUUGGACAGCUGACAUGCUGUUGAAUCACUCCUUUUUGAAAUUAGCCGAAAAUGUCCAGCCUGCAACAAAGGCAAGGAAGAAGCAAAGUGGUUACAUGUCUCUUUUGCGCAGACCCCAUCGAAAGACAGCAUUCAAGACACAGCCACACAUUCGCGAUUUGAUUGUAGAACAUUGAUGCAGAGUCUGAAGAAACUAGAAACCGGAACUCGUGCAACGUUGCUGACAACAUUAGAUAGAUUGAUUAUAAAACAUCGUUUUGUAAUAAAUGUAAAUUAAGAACUACGUGCGGGCUUGAUCCCCUCUUAAGAAGUUGUUUGUGGGGGCACGUAGGC